AUGGUUCAAGGACAGACCGAGACCGGCGAGAAGUACAAGCCUAGCGAGCACGGCGGCAGACGCGAAGAUGGUCAGCCCGACAAGCGUACUCAACAGUCCCAGUUCGCCUACGGACAGGUCGACCCCCAUGAGGCCGGCCAAAAAGGUGGGAAGGUCGGCGGUACUGCCUGUGGCAAGCAGACCGAGGAUGCUGGUGAUCAUUAA